AUAAUCGAUUCACCCUCACACAAAGCGAUUUGGCAACACGGUCGAAUAGAUACAAUCAAAAUAUUUUGCUUCCAACAUAACUUAAAAAUACCAAUAUCGAAAUAUAAUUAAACCCGCGAUAACCUAUAACAUCAAAAACAUUCUAUUUACGGCUAAAUCUUCAUAAUUUCCCCAAAAUAACAAACUUUUCAAGAUUAAUUGCUUCAUGUUAGAAUCGAAAUCCACCAAAUCGAACCAUGUCCAAAUUUAAUUGCGUUUACGUCAAAGUGACAUUGCAACGUUGUCGUUUACCCCACAAGAAUUGACGUAAACCGUUAUCGCGAAGUGUUCUUCCACGGAAGAAAGAUAAAAAAGGUGACUUCCAGGUUCACCGAGAUAAUCACAAAACGAGAAAUGGGAUAAUCUGAACGGUUUAAAUAAUGCUGCUCGGGCUGCGGGUCCCCUUCCAGCAGCGCACCUUUUAUUUUGUGGGCAUUUUUUGGUUGCUCGCGCUCACUGUAGGCGUAUACAGGUACUUUGGGCCCCGCAGCAAACUCCUCGAACCCGUUGUUAGUUACGAAUUGUUUAAUAAUCUCGAGGUUGAUGUUAAAACGAAACGAAUUUUUACCGUAUGCAAUCCUACGCAAGAGAUUGUUACCGGUGAUGAAGGAAUUCCAAAUAAUAAACAAUGGUCUUUGAAAGGACUAUUGGUGUUAAUAAGACAUGGAGAUCGAGGACCUUUACAACAUAUCAAGAAUAUUAGUAAUAUUAAUUGUGGUACUCCCGAUAAUGAUUUAAUUACUUCUUAUAAGUCAUAUCUACAUAAUUUAACUUCAGCAGGAAGAGUUUCCUGGAUAGGUCCAGGUUCAUUUCACGGUUUUCCUCUACUUCCAUCGCACGAAAAACAAUGUCAAUUGGGACAAUUAACGAUGCAAGGAGUAAAUCAACUCCUUCACUUGGGGCACGUUUUAAAACAAACGUACAAAAACAUUUGGCCGCGACUUCUAAAUCUCACUCAAUACGAAAUUUCCGUGUACAGCACGAGAUAUCGACGAACUUUCCAAUCCGCUUUAGCUUUCCUUUAUGGGCUGAUCAGCCCUGAGACGUUAACGAGAAUCGCUAUUUUGGAAAGUCAAUCGAUGUACUUUUGCUUUAAAGAUUGCGGGUGUCAGGUGACCGAAAAGUAUUUAAAACUGGUACAAAAGGAUAUUUCGAAUCGUUUGAAAUCGCACCCUGCUAUUAGUGGAUUGGCAGAAAGUACGGGGAAGAUGAUUUUUUCAAGUUUGGCAACUAAUAAGCGACACGACGAAGAUCCUCACGCUAUUAAAGAUGCUUUAUUGACGUAUGUUUGUCAUGGGAGUAAAUUGCCGUGUGUUUCGGCAAGAAAUUGUAUUAAGCGACAAAAUAUCGUGGGGAUUUUUGCUUACACUGAUUGGGUGAGUCACCAAAAGUGGAAAAAUUUUAAUUGGAGGAGAUUGUGUUUGUUGAGAUCUUAUGGAUUAAUUCGACAUAUCGUGUCUCAAAUGUUAGCGAUGUUUUCAGGUCCAUAUUUUAUAUUAUAUUCAGGUCAUGAUCAUACACUUGAGCACCUCUCAGCCGCUCUCGGUCUUCAAAAUGACCCAUUACUUCUAAGAUAUGGGGCUCGAUUAAUUUUCGAAGUUUACCAUGACAACAAUGAACACGGCGCGAAUGGUCUUUACUUUCGACUUUUGGCGAACGGAAAGGAUGUAACAAAACAAAUCGAUUUUUGCAAGAAUAUCGUUAAUGUUAAUGGCAAAGCUUCCCUGUGUAAAAUCGAGGAUAUUGUAAGAUUUUCACACGAGGAUUACUUCUCUAUGUUCAACGUUACUAACAUUAGAGAUGCAUGUUUUCAAAAAUUAUAAAGAGAGUUUAUAAUUAUUCGAUUUUUUAAAUGUGAUAACUUUUAGUUUUAUUUUUAGGAUAGGUUCUAAAUUUUUAAGACAAGUUGUUAUUGUUGAUCAGUAUUUUUUCCUCCAUUUUAUGUAGAUUAUUAGAUACAAAAAAUAGAUCAUUCAAAACGUUAA